UCACUCCUAGGUACUACAGCGUCAGCAGAGUAGCUUCCCUUGUGUCAUCGGCGCUGUCUGCAUGGUGCGAGAAGCUUUCGUGGGUGCCAGUAAUGUUUGGUAUUAUUGUCUCAGGACGCCUGGUAGAUACGCAACCACAGCAGGUGAGUGACAACCAGUUUCUGUUUAACAUCCCAGAGGCAGACAAUAUUAAUCAUGUUGUUGUCUUCAUGACUGGACAAAUGCCAUUCCCUGAUGGACUUGGCGGAGCAGUUUAUUUCUCUUGGCCACAACCCCAAGGCCCAGUAUGGCUUUUACUAGGGCAUAUUUCAAAUCAAAAACCCAGUGCUAUCUUUAGGAUUGCUAACUUGAAAUCAGGAGGGAACAGCAAUGACCACCAAAUUCAUUUUGGUAAUCUGGCCAUUGAGCAGUCGCACUUAGCACAGAUUGGAAUAUCAGUCGAGCCCUUGCAGCAGCUAUCCCAGCAGACACCAGUUACUUCGAGCAGUGACACUUCUGUUGCACCAUUUGUAGAAUUCUCAUCUAAAAUGUUAGAGAAUUUCUUCAAUUAUGCUUCUUCCUUUGCAGUGCGGCAAGCAGAAAUGGUACCAAAUCCUACAGAAUUAUUUGUUCCCCUUAGCACACUACAGAAGUGGUUUGAAAAUUUUCAGAGACGUUUACAACAGAAUUUGUAUUUCUGGAAAUCAUGAAGAAAGGGAGAUUGGCUAUAAUCUGCUCUUUCAGUGCAUCAAAGCAGGGCUAGACUUUUACAAGGCUUUUCUUUUCCACCCUAAUCCUCUUUUGUAAAUUGCUUGUGAAAAAUUCAAUUUUAAUUCACUAAGAUUACUUUCUUUCUCCUAAGUAAUUUUUGUGGAACUGCUUGCAGGCGCUGACAUUUUGAGAAACAAUAAGCAAAAGCAGCUUAUAUUAAUUAGACCUGUAGUUCUUUUGGUAUUUGAUCAUGUUUGUAAGGACAUUUUACAACUGCAUCAUUAAUGCACAGCAUUGAUGCUGAAUGGCUUAAGUCUUUUGGACCGAUACUCUUGUGAUUUUCAAGUUUGUUUUAAAGAUUUUAAGACCAAUAAAAUAGUCUUAUUCACACAAAAGAUUAAUUUGCUUUGAGAUUUAAAAAAUUUUUAUUACUCGCAUAAUUUGCUUUAAAAUUUUAUAAGAGGAGCUAAUUGUAUGAAACCAUGAAAAUGCCUUGCUGACUGGAGAACAAGAACCUGCCGCAGAUCUCAUUCAGAGAACCAAUGACUGUAUGAAGUCCACUUGCCACACUCAGAACAGCAGUAACCACUACUCAAACAUUCCAGCAGUGUAAGCUGGUCUGGCUUAGCCAUGAGACCGGGCAUGACACUUUGGAGAGCGGUCAAUGCCUUGGUGGUCAGAGGAAGAAGUGACUUGACUAGUCAUCCUGUGUAGGACCAGCUCCCUAUCAACCAAAACAACCAUGAGUGGUGGGUCUUGUCAACUGCCACAUGUAUCCAUGUUUUUCCUCACACCCCCAGCGACCCAUACCAGUCAAGAGAUGUAUGACUGGCUGAACUGUGCAACCAUACUACUGGAGUUAAAUGAAUAGACACACUGCUAGCGUACUGGUAGACAGGUAGAGUGUACAGGCUGCUGGAGUUAAAUAACCAUGAUAUAUUUCAGGCUUUCUAGGCCUUGUUCUAAAAAAUACCAGUAACAAAUAGGAAUUAGCUUUUUAUUUUAAGCAGUAGAUGUAAUUCUUGCAUACUUGAAACUUAAAUCUUCUUCGAUACCAAAACAGUUAAGGUGCAGACACCUGUGUUUGAUUCCACCUUAAACUUUUUACCCUAGAUUUAUGUGUUGCUAAACAAUUGUUUUGGCUUUUGACAUGUAUGUUUUAACCAAGCCUCUGUCUUCUGUUGUAUUUUGUCAUUGUAUGAGAACUGUUUUAGCUUACUAGAUACAGGUGUAUGCAUUUCACAGAGCUGGAGUUGUGCUGUCACUGAAACUAAAGUUGUGGAAGGCAGACUGACCGCAUUUUCUGAUCCUCAUAGAAUUCAGUGUCAUAUAAGAGACGUCAUUCGUUCAUCUUUUGAUAGGUAGCAAUAGUCAAACGAUUAUCCUAGACUUCUGGGACUGGUCGUUGGGUGUGACCACUGGAUGAGACGACAAGACUCCGUGGUGCCUGUUGUAUGAAAGAAAGUUGUCAUUUAGUUGUCUAGUCCACACAGUGCUAGUCCUUUGACACCCACCCGAAUUCCCCUUAUCGCAGCUUCCCUACUUGUCUUCCUUUUGCAAAAUCCCGAUACUUUCAGUUGUUGUUAUUUGGCUCCCCUUUGCAUGUUCUGUAUUUGUCUCUUAUUUGUCAUCAUUACUGUUGUUUAUCCUUGCAACAUUCAUAUGUUAUUUGUUUGUUCUUCUGUCCCGCAUAUGUUGUUCUUGUUCAUAAGUGCUACAAGCAUGCUCUUUAUGACUAUUAUUUUGCGCUCUACAAAUCUUUUGUCUAUUACUAGUAGCACUGUGUUCACUGAGCUCUUGUACAGCGCUUCAGUGACUUGAAUGAAGCUCUCUUUGAUGUUGAAUUUUCACCUCACCUACCACAGUCCCUCCUGCUGGACUCUGUCAAAUGCCUGUUGAAAGUUGAUAAGAUUAUGAAAGUGUUUCUGCUGGUGUUGAACAUGCUUUUUUAUCAGGAUGUGACAGUUGAAGAUCUGUUCAGAUCAGGGUUAGCAGUUGUUCCACGGGGAAGUUGAUCCGAUUCAGAUAAUUGCUUUGCUGAGGUCGCUGAUCAAGCUAUGGUUCUGUAGCAGUUUGCUGCAACACUUUCAUGAACGGGUAUGAUGAGGUAUUGCAUCCAUUCUUUGGGCUAGUCUUUAUGUUCCCAGACGAAUGGUAUUCCUGGGAGAAACUGCAUCUUUAAACCAGUAUAGUUAAUUAGUAAAGUGUAAGAAAAAUACACCUUUCUUAAAAUUAAAAAUUUCUGUCUUUUACACAGAGGCGAGUGCUUCUGAUUUCAUGCCUCCUCUGUCACCUGUGGGUUGUUUACUUCAGUCAUUGGAAUAGAUGUCUGUUUGUCUGUUUACUUACAUAUCAGUGGUGUGUUAGAAUUUUAGAAAUGUUUGGUCAGCCUAGUACUUUUGAGAUAUGCUACAAUAUUUAAAAUAAAUGUUUGCACUUCAAUUAGAAGUUGGAAGCUUUUGUCACUGCAGGAAAUGUUAUAAUCAAUAAAUAUCAAUGUUAAUAGUGAUAACUGGUGGAAGAACAUGGGUUCUUUUACAGGUUACUCUGCCAGUGUGUGUUUAGUAAGCAGUCUCCAGCGUGUGUGUUUAUGUUUUCCAUCUUGAGUGCCUUAUUGUUAGUUAAGGUUUUAUUUGUUUUUGUUUUUGUUUUGCACUGCUAUGCUCCUGUUUGGCUACCUUACAGAAAAGUGGAACAUGUUGC